UUUUUUCCAGCCGGACGUCUCUCGCUCUCGACGCUGAGGUUUUCCUUGGGCGCGGAGAGAGCCUUUUCCACCGGCGGGAUGUAAGAAAAUGUAGCUCCUGUGUGGCAGAAAAGGUAUGCGGAGAGUGUGAGUGAGAGGGCGCGAGCGAGAUGGCGCGCGAGUGUGUGAGCUUGACAAAGUGCGCCAACAUCUCGUGAGUGUGUGCUUUGGAAAAUAGAGACGGGGCGAGGAAGUGAGCGCAAUCCAUUAAAAAAGAAUGGGAGGAAAAAAUUGGCGGUGUGUGCGUGCGUGUCUCUGGGAAUAAAAAUGCGCUCCGUUUUCGGCGGCAGCACCGGUUGUCUCGCUCGCACUCGCGGCCAUGUGACCAAAAAACUGAUAAGUGUGAUUCUUUUUCAAAAGUUCUUCUUUUUUAUCCACUCAUCCCACCACCGGUGCGCGCACACAUGCUCACAUGCCCGUAUCCGGGGAAGCUUUGGUGGUGUUGGGCGAAAAAAUCGCGCCGAAGAGGUUAUGCCUGUGUUACGAUUAAUUGUGUAAAAAUUGUUCGGCUGUGUGCAUGUCGGCUCUGGCAAGGGGGAUUCUCUUGCUCGCUCACUCCUGUUCGCUCCCCCGUGAAUUUUUUUCACUCCUCACACACACGAGGCAACACUCUUAAAACAUACAAAACGACGCAAGAUCUCGCCUAACAAACUUUGAGGACCAAAACUUUUUCUAAACCAGUCGAGUUUUUGCUUCGCAAUGAUCAGCACACGUCUGCAGUGCGUUUUUUCACAGUCACCGUACUGCUAGCCAUUGUGAGAUUUGGUGUUGAUUGUUUUUAUCGGCUACGGGGGACUACCUGUGCCUCAUCCCACCACUGUUGAGUGCCGAAGACGCUCUGGGACACACCGUGCCGCACACACGAGAAAAAACUUUCAAGUUCUCGCGCGAUUUCGACAAGUGGAUCUUGCCAUCAGUGACUAUUUGAAUUCUCUGCUGGCAACAGACCACGCUCGCAAGCACAGAACAGUCGCACAAGAAUAUAUCCUAGUGACCGACAAAUGGGAGUGUGUUCCGCGCGUUCGACUUGCCAUUCUUGUUGCAUCAGCACGGCCAACUAGAUUGCCCGGGUUUUUUGGUCUGGUGUGAAGUGUGAGCGCGGAAGUCGAGUGCCUUGGUCCUGUUGCUCUCCUAUGUGCCUUCGCCGGGACUUGGAUCGCGCCAUUGAUAGUUGCGGGCGACUGAGUGUGUGAUCUUGAGUGGUGUCCUGAGGAUUCCGCUGGGCGCGAGGAACACCCUGGAGGGGCGCGCGAUUGAGUACCGGCCCGGCGGUGGGCUGGACUACCACAACUCACCCCUGAUGGCGGAGAUACCAGCGGGUGACUACAGUCACAUCCAUCGCUCGAUCGAUCAGCUGCGAUCCAUGAACGAGCGCGGCGUGCUCGGGCCACUCGGUGCUCUCACGUCCACGGACCUGCGGGCCAGCCUCGUGCACGACUACAAGCCCUUCAAUGUGAGCGACCUGCGGACGCCGGACCGCCUCGACUACGGUGCCAAGGUGAUAGACGGGCGCAGCGGCAGCCAGAAUGGCGGGAGCGCCCCCGCCGACGGGGCGUCCAACCACGGCGAUCCCACCGACAUGAGACACCCCGGGAACGCCGAGCAGCCGGACCAGAAGCCCUACAGCACCCCGUCGACGCCGCCGACCCCCCUCUCCAUCUCCGACGCCCAGAUGCAGGAGUCCAAGAUCUUCAGCUCCAAGGCGGACCUGCAGCUGCACACGCAGAUUCACAUGCGUGAGGCGAAGCCGUACAAGUGCUCGCAGUGCUCGAAGGCGUUCGCCAACUCGAGCUACUUGUCCCAGCACACCCGCAUCCACCUGGGCAUCAAGCCGUACCGCUGCGAGAUCUGCCAGCGCAAGUUCACGCAGCUCUCGCACCUGCAGCAGCACAUCCGGACGCACACGGGCGACAAGCCGUACAAGUGCCGCCACCCGGGCUGCCAGAAGGCCUUCUCGCAGCUCAGCAACCUGCAGUCGCACUCGCGCUGCCACCAGACGGACAAGCCCUACAAGUGCAACUCCUGCUACAAGUGCUUCUCGGACGAGCCGUCGCUGCUGGAGCACAUCCCCAAGCACAAGGAGUCCAAGCACCUCAAGACCCACAUCUGCCAGUACUGCGGCAAGUCCUACACGCAGGAGACCUACCUCUCCAAGCACAUGCAGAAGCAUGCCGAGCGGACGGACAAGCGGCCGCCGAUCGCGGGCCUGGCGAGCCUGGGCCUCAACCGCAACCUGGCCUCCGCCAUGUCCAACACACCGCUCACCGUGGCCGCCACGGCCACAGACCACCCGUACUGGCCGAAGGUGAGCCCCGACUCGGCGGCCAGUCUGGCCGAGGCGAUGCAGCAGCAACAGCAGAACCAGUACGACUUUGCCAUGCAGCACGCGGCGGCGAGCGGCGCCGGCGACCACCUGCACCAUCGGGCGCUACUGGAGCACCACAGGAGCCUCAAUGGGACCACCGAGGACGGGGAGGAUCUCGUGAUAGCCAGCCGCCAGGGCGCCGCCAAUCUCGCCACGAGCGGCAGCAGUGGCGGAAGCCACAUUGCCCAGAACCCACCCGCCGCCUCCACGCCAUCCGCGGCGCCCGCCAGCUACGACGUCAAGACGACCAGCAAUUCCGCCUUCACGCCCAUCAACUCCAUGACGCCGCACCUCAACUCGCUGGGCCACCACCAUCAGCUGGCGCAGCGCCCGUACAUAUACGACGCCAUCAGCUUCCAGAACAAGAACGUGAACCAGAACGCGGGCGCCUCCUUCCCCAACCAGCUCAUCUCGCUGCACCAGAUCCGCAACUACGCGCACCAGCCCGGCGGCCCGGCCGGCCUGAUGAGCGGCGAGCACUUGCUGGGCAUUGGCGUGGGCGUGGGCAAGGACAAGGGCCAGUAG